AUGACGGACCUCUUCAAGCCAGCACCAGAGCCCAAGACGGGUCUUGGUCGCUACAGGAUCCUUUCCUCGACCGCCGGCGUCCGCGUGAGCCCACUGCAGCUCGGUGCCAUGAGCAUUGGUGAUGCCUGGUCAGGAUUCAUGGGCUCGAUGUCCAAGGAGAACUCGUUCAAGCUGUUAGAUGCCUACGAAGAAGCAGGAGGAAACUUCAUUGACACGGCGAACAACUACCAGGAUGAGCAGUCUGAGGAGUGGAUUGGCGAGUGGAUGGAGAAGAAGCAGAACCGUGACUUCUUCGUCAUCGCCACCAAGUACACCACGAACUACGUUGGUGCCAAGUUCGGCAAGGGCAAGACUGUGAACCACACCGGUAACCACAAGAAGAGCUUGCAUGUGUCGCUACGGGACUCGUUGAGGAAGCUUAGAACUGACUACCUCGACAUCCUUUACGUGCACUGGUGGGACUGGUCCACUAGCAUUGAAGAGAUGAUGGACUCGCUAGACGCCGUGGUCAAGCAGGGCAAGGUGUUGUACCUCGGAAUUUCAGACACUCCAGCCUACAUCGUUUCCGCCGCAAACGCCUACGCCAAAGCAAACGGCAAGACCCAGUUCAGCAUCUACCAAGGUCGAUGGAACGUCAUGCUCCGCGACAUGGAGCGCGAGGUGAUCCCAAUGGCCCGUCACUGGGGCAUGGCACUGGCACCAUGGGACGCCAUCGGCGGAGGAAAGUUCCAGACCAAGAAGCAGAUUGAAGAGCGCAAGAAGAAUAACGAGGGUCUGCGGAGCAUGAUGGGCAGCGGUGACCAGAACGAGAAAGAGGAGAAGAUGUCCGCGGCCCUCGAAAAGGUCGCCAACGAGCAUGGUCUCGAAUCGCCAACCGCGGUUGCCCUCGCAUAUGUCAUGGCCAAGGCUCCCCGUGUCUUCCCCAUCGUGGGAGGACGAAAAGUCGAGCAUCUCCAGCAGAACAUCAAGGCUCUGGACAUGAAGCUCUCCGACAAGCAGAUCGAGGAGUUGGAGAGUGUGUACUCGUUCGAGCCAGGCUUCCCGAACAACUUUGUCGGCGAGGAUCCUCAUGUCACUGGCAAGGCUCCUCCACUCGUCGCUGGUACCGCCCCCAUGGCGUAUCUGCAGGGCCCUAAGCCCAUCGGUCAUGAGUAA